GACAUUAGUGAGUGAUCAGUGAUUUGAGUGUGGUUAUUGGUUGUGUUUAUUUCUACAUUUCAAAUAAUUUCUACUGAGAAUCAUUAUUUACUUAUACUUACAACUUACACAAUCAACUAUCAUCUUCAUCUAAUACUUCUGUGGUAUCUAAAUUUAAUCACGAACAAUUUAAGUGACUGAAAGUAGCAUCCGUAGGACAAAAUGAAUACGCUUCCAGCCCAACCCGUUGGGAUACAGAGUACAGCAGGAGCUGUUCCUAUUCGAAAUGAAAAAGGAGAGAUAUCUAUGCAGAAGGUGAAAGUACAGAGAUAUAUAUCGGGUAAAAAGCCAGACUAUGCUCAAGGUGCGUCGUCAUCAGAAGAAUCUGACACUGAAGACUUUAUAGAGCAACAGAAGCCAGAUCGCAGGCAGCAGACUUUACCACAGAUUAUAACCAAGAAGGAUGAACACCAUAGUGAUUCUGAGAAAGAAGUGGAUGACCCGCGUUUGCGACGUUUACGACAAGCGGCCCAGUCUCCUCCGAGACGAGCUGAGCACAAGCCAGAGAUUAUUGAUGCAGAACCUGAGGAGGAACAUGAAAGUAGUGUUGAGGAAUUCAAGGACAGCUCGGAAAGUGAGGAUGAACUUGAUGAGGAAGAGAUCGAGAGACGCCGACAGGCUCUCAAAGCUAAACUUGCUGCUAGGGAAGCUGAGAAGGAGGUUCUUGGUAGAGAUGAUGAUGAGGAAAUGUUAGAUGGAGAUAAGGAGGAGAGUGGCUCAUCAGACACUGAGUACACAGACAGUGAAGAAGAUACAGGUCCUCGCGUAAAACCCGUUUUUGUAAGAGCUUCAGACAGAAUGACAGUGCAAGAGAGAGAACGGAAAAUUAAGCUGCAGAAGAAAGAGGAAGCAGAAGCCAGGAAAGAAAAAGAAGAAAGGAGAAGAGAGGCUCUGAAACUGGUUGAAGAGACUAUCAGAUCUGAGCAGAGAGCUACACAGGGUGAACAUAAAGAAGGUAACAUCAAUGACGUGUGUACUGAUGACGAGAAUGAUGAACUAGAGUACGAGGCGUGGAAGCUGCGUGAAAUGAAGCGCAUCAAACGUGACAAGGAAGAGAGAGAAGCCGUGGAGAAGGAACUAUUGGCUAUUGAGCGUAUGCGUAACAUGACGGAGGAGGAACGCCGCGUGGAACAGCGUCUCAAUCCCAAACUCGUAACCAACAAGUCUGUCAAGGGCAAAUACAAGUUCCUACAGAAAUAUUACCACAGGGGUGCCUUCUACCUGGACAAAGAAGACGAGGUCUUCAAACAAGACUUCUCUGGUCCAACUUUGGAUGAUCACUUUGAUAAGACUGUUUUGCCUAAGGUAAUGCAAGUUAAGAAAUUCGGUCGUUCGGGACGUACGAAAUACACGCAUUUGGUGGAUCAAGAUACAACGGAGUUUGAUUCAGCUUGGAGCAACGAAGGCGCGGCAGCUAGGCUGGCUAACUUCAGGGGAGGCAUGAAACAAGUCUUUGACAAACCGUCCGCCAAGAGGAAGCAUAAUGUCUGAUAAUAAGUAUGCCUUAUCACUGUACAGUUGAAGAGAGAAAAUAGGAACGAAGAACUUAAUUAGGUACUGAAGCAGUGGCAGAUUUAGUGUGUACGGAUCCCGAAGCAAAUAUCGAGAAACCGCCCUUUUCGCGGGGCUCUUUCGUGCGGGUCCAAUUUCUACGCGGGGCUCCUUUAAUCGCGGACCCGUAUCGCAAAAGGUCUGUAGUAAUAUAGCUAUUGUGUCUAGUCUGGCAAUGUACUGAAGGCAACAAAUUCACAAGAUUGUGUUCUAAACGUACUAAAUUAGAUUUUUAUAAGCUCAGCAAUAAAUAGUAAAUUAAAUAUGACGAAUGGUACCAAGAAAAGAAGGCGCGUAAUAGAAAUCUGUUUUGGUUCCCAGGGUAAACAAAUAUUUACGUUAUAGGAUUUAUUAUAUGUGCUAAAAUAGAGUGAUAUAUGUAGUCUCCAGCAGAUCUACAAAUUCUAAUUAUAGAAUUUCAACUUAAUGACUUUGUUAUAGUGUCGAAAAUCAGAGUUAUGCCUUAUCUAUGUUUAUCGUUCAUUUGACUGUACUAAAGUGUUCUGUGUAUGUGCUGUUAUUACAAUGACGACUGUAAAUAUUAUUAUUAGGUUAACGAAAUCCUAGCAUUAAGUUUGAAAAAUAAAUUGUGGAAAAUU